UUAAUGCCUUAUUAUGCCCUUAUCCCGUCUUGUUUUGUACGUUUCUGAAUUCUUCCUCCUCUAUUCGACAUCUGUCCUUCCAUACGUGUAGACAAUUUGAAAUCUACACCAUAGCAUUGCCCUAGAAAAAACAUGUACAUAAAAAGCCUCAAUCAGGCAUGAGGCAUGAGCAUGAAGAAUAAGUAGAGCCUAUUAUUACCAUCUCUAGCUAGGAUCAUGGUAAUGUCUGCGCUACUGAAGUUCCUCUUCCCACCGCCGCCGUCUCUGGUGGUUUCAGCCUUGUCGGUGGUGAGCCUGGUGUCGCUGACGAACACGGGGUUCUCGGAAAUGAGAGGGAAGCAUCUGAACUAUUCCAAAUUCUGGAAUGCCACCACCGGCGACUCUUCUAAACAGAUCAAGCUGUCAAGCAGAGCCGGGAUGCUGAUGCUCUACACUCCCGCUUUUCUUGCCGGCGUCGUUUCGUUCUUCAUCUUCCCUAACGAGGGGAUCAGAUCUACCCUCCUCCAAUCUGCUGUAACCCUCCAUUUCCUCAAGAGAGACUUAGAGGUGUUGUUUGUCCACAAAUAUAGUGGCUACAUGUAUCUUGAUUCUGCAAUCCCCAUCACUCUGAGUUAUUUUAUAUCAGCUGCAACUAUGACCUAUAGUCAGCACCUAACGGUAACAGAGGGGCUUCCACAGCCACAAAUUGAUCUCAUGUACCCUGGGGUUGCGGUGUUUCUCAUUGGUAUCGUUGGAAACUUCUACCACCAUUACCUCCUUUCGAAACUGCGAGGGGAGGGCGAAAAGGAGUACAAGAUUCCAAAGGGUGGCUUGUUUGGGCUUGUGAUAUGCCCACAUUACCUCUUUGAGAUUACUGUGUUCUAUGGGAUUUCAAUGAUUUCUCAGACUGUGUAUUCAUUGUGUUUUGCCAUAGGCACCACUUUCUAUUUGGUGGGCAGGAGCUAUGCAACGAGGAAAUGGUAUCUCUCUAAGUUUGAAGAUUUCCCUAAAAAUGUUAAGGCUGUUAUCCCAUUUAUCUUCUAAAUGUUGCUAGGAACAGUUAAUUCAUAAAUGAAUUGCAGGUGUUAUGUUGGGUACAUUUAAGUUACACUCUCUUCUUGGCUUCCUUUUGGUAUUCAGCACAUGGCCUGUUCAAGGGUGUAUUGUUAAUUAGACAUUCAAGGGAAUUGACAUGUUUUGUAUUAGGUCUUAGUCAUAUAUUUUGUAUGUAAGUGAGGAUGGCUCAUCCUCUUUUGUACAUUAUUUCCCUUAGUAAAAAUGCUUCUUUUUCUAUUUGAAAAAAUAUA